AUGACUUCCCAUGUUAAAUUAACUAUGACUUUGAAAAAUUAUCAUUUAUUACAAGAAACAUAUAAUUACCAAAGAUCAUAAAAGAAAUAGAAAAUUUAGAUGUUUCGAACAUUCCACCAAUAGAUUCGUGAAUGUGCCCUAAUAUUUUUGGUAUAGAUUUAGUUCUACAAAUCCGAUUACUUCUAAAUAUUCAAAACGACUCCUAAUUAGUAAUUAAAAGAAAGCAAAAUAAAUUUAAUAGAUAGAUUGAUUUUUACCUACAGAUUAAAAAAUAUAAUACCUAAUGAUAUGGCUCAAAAUGAAUUUAUUAAUUGUUGCCAUUUAUAUAUUAUAAAAUAUAUGAUAUUUUUUACAUAUUAGUUACAAAACGAAACUAUUAAUUGCUAAAUUUUACGCAUAUGA